CAAAUCCUUCCGUUUGAACAAAUUGAGAGAGUAAUGGCAAUCCCGCUCUCUCUUUCGAUCCUCCUGCUUAUUCUAGCUCCAAAUUUUAUUUCCUGUUCGCCAGUUCAAGAUCCUGAAUUGGUAGUGGAGGAAGUACACAGGAGCAUCAACGCCUCUAGAAGAAAAUUGGGUUUCCUUUCUUGUGGAACCGGCAAUCCAAUAGACGAUUGCUGGAGGUGUGACCCCAAUUGGGAGAAGAAUCGGCAGAGAUUAGCAGAUUGUGCAAUUGGGUUCGGUAAGCAUGCUAUCGGUGGCAGGGAUGGUAAGAUAUAUGUAGUGACAGACCCUGGGAAUGAUGACCCUGUGAAUCCCAAGCCAGGCACUCUUAGGUAUGCUGUUAUACAAGAUGAGCCUUUAUGGAUCAUUUUCGCUCGAGACAUGGUGAUCAAGCUGAAGGAAGAGCUGAUCAUGAACUCUUUCAAGACGAUCGAUGGAAGAGGAGCCAGUGUGCACAUUGCUGGUGGUCCAUGCAUCACUAUACAGUAUGUGACCAACAUUAUAAUUCAUGGUCUAAAUAUUCAUGAUUGUAAGCAAGGAGGGAAUGCUUAUGUGAGGGAUUCCCCAAGUCAUUAUGGAUGGAGGACUAUAUCGGACGGUGAUGGGGUGUCGAUAUUCGGAGGCAGCCAUGUGUGGGUGGAUCAUUGCUCUUUAUCCAAUUGCAAUGAUGGGUUGAUUGAUGCGAUUCAUGGAUCCACAGCCAUAACAAUCUCAAACAAUUACUUGACCCAUCACAACAAGGUCAUGCUCUUGGGCCAUAGUGAUAGCUAUAAACAAGACAAGAACAUGCAAGUCACCAUUGCCUUCAACCACUUUGGAGAAGGGCUUGUGCAGAGGAUGCCAAGGUGUAGACAUGGAUAUUUUCACGUGGUAAACAACGACUACUCACAUUGGAAAAUGUACGCAAUUGGUGGCAGUGCUGAUCCUACAAUUAACAGCCAAGGCAAUAGGUUUCUUGCUCCCAAUGACAGAUUUAAUAAAGAGGUAACUAAACAUGAGGAUGCACCACAAAGUGAAUGGAAGGGUUGGAACUGGAGGUCUGAAGGGGAUUUGCUGUUAAACGGGGCAUUCUUCACAGCAUCUGGAGCUGGAGCUUCCUCUAGUUACGCCAAGGCAUCCAGCUUAGGUGCAAGACCAUCUUCCUUGGUUAGCUCCAUCACAGCAGGAGCAGGUUCACUUGUUUGCAAGAAGGGUUCCCGUUGCUGAUUAGUGGCUUUGCACAGAAGCCCAUCAAGUGUAUAAUUCAACCAAUAAAGGUUAAGCAAAUUAAAAGUGAAAAGAAAGGUGAAAAAAGGAAGUUAAUAAGGCCAUUUGUAAUUAUUACAAGGAAUCAGCUAGCUAUAAAGGAUUAGUCUAUACUAAUUUGUCUGCUUUUUAUGGUAAAAAACAAAGAGCUGCCUGUGUCCAUGAAACCCACCAUCACGAGAACCUCAAUCGGAAUCUUGACGGCGCAGAAAGAAAACAAGAGGUAAUGAGGCCUCGCAUAGUUGUAGUUGCACAUCAAUCUCUCUCACACCCUCUCCUACUCUGUACUCAGAUCGCAUGGGAGGUAUGGAAAGUGGAUCGAAACUUGAGAAGUUGAAAGAACAUGUACGUCCUUGUAGCUCUAUUUAAUGGGGCCAUCCCUUUUUUGCGGA